AAUCGUGUUGCUCUAUGGUUAAUAUGGAAUUCUACCUAAUUCGGUGUGUAUGUUUUGUGGUAUAUGUCUGUAUAUGUAUUAUGUUUUGUGGUCUAUUUGUCUAUUAUUUUUUCUAUAACCUCACUUUAAGUAAGAAAAAUGAAAAGUCUCGGUAAUUUUCAUUAUUUUCAUUGCAGAGAGUUUUCCGAUAAUGUUGUAAUCAUAACAUGUAACCACUCCACUGACUGAUUAUAGUGGAUUUCCAAAUUCUACAAGACAAUUUUUAACAGAGACUUCGCCGUGGUGCAAUUAUUCCAAUUCGUAGCUUCAAAUGGAUUUUUCUAUUAGGACUGUAUUACUUUUCCUACUCUCAGAGGCGACUGUACGCUCAACUGCUUUACCCGAUGUUGGUAAAUGGGAUGACAAUUUAACAGCUGGAUUCAACAGCAUAUAUUUGUCAAAGAGUUUGUACAAGGGCUCCAAAGUAUUUAUCAGGAUAAAUUGUGCUUCUAAGUUACCAGACUCAAAAGUAGAAGUAAAUCUAGUCAUUCUUCAAUCUAUGUGCUGGGAUAUUAUGGAUGCUCUAGAUGAAGUUAAACGUGAAAUAUCAUCCGCCAAUCCAGUCUUAAAAAACUCAUCGAAGGUGUAUCACGAUUACCAGAUAUACGAGUGCAAUGACCACUUUUUCUUCAGAGAAGUAGGCGUCGCAGUAGAUAACUCUCGACAAAGAAUCGACGUUUCUAAUCCAGUGCAUAUUAUUAAUCGUGACGGAGUUUAUGUUCUGGCACUCAAGAUUAAUACCAACACUACAGAGUACAAUGUAGGCGUGCAUAUCGAGAUGAAAAGUGACUAUGGCUAUUUAUCUGCGGCCGAUUCGCCGCUGCUGCCAUUCUAUGGUUUCAUGUGUAUCUACUAUGUCAUUUUGGGAGUGAUAUGGCUCGUCUUGUCCUUCAUGCAAUGGCGAGAUUUACUGAGGGUGCAGUUUUGGAUUGGUGGAGUCAUAUUGUUGGGUAUGCUGGAAAAGGCAACGUUUUAUGCCGAAUAUCAAAGUAUCAACAAUAUUGGAACUAGGAUGCAAGGCGCAAUGUUGUUUGCUGAAUGGGUAUCGUGCGCUAAACGUACGCUGGCGCGCAUGCUUGUGGUGAUAGUCAGCCUGGGAUUUGGCAUCGUGAAGCCACGUCUCGGUGCUACGUUGCACCGCAUCGUCGGCGUAGGCCUGCUAUAUUUUAUCCUAGCAGCCUCCGAGGGGUACCUUCGCAUCACGAAGGCUAAAAAUGAUCCGAGCAAGGAUAUUCUCGUGGCUUCUGUACCAUUGGCGGUACUUGACUCUGCGAUAUGCUGGUGGAUCUUCUCGGCAUUGGUCAACACGACCAGGACGUUAAGGUUGCGUCGUAACGAAACAAAAUUAAACCUCUACAGGCAUUUCACCAACACUUUAGUAUUUGCAGUUGUUGCAUCGGUAUUUUUCAUGCUGUAUUGCAUCAAAGUACAUCAUUUUGUGAGCUGCCUUACUGUAUGGAAAGAUAUAUGGCUAGAAGAAGCUUACUGGCAUAUCCUUUUCUCGUGUCUGCUUCUGGUCAUCAUGAUCCUAUGGCGGCCUACCAAUAACAACCAACGGUAUGCGUUCGUGCCUCUACUGGAUCAAGGGGAUGAUGCAGACGAGGAAGAGCAUCUUGUUAAUGAUGCGUUUGGAGUAAAGGUUAGGGUGCACCAACCGAAAAAUUCCACCGUUCAGAACAAUUCCGUUGAAGAUGAUAUCAAGUGGCUGGAGGAAAAUGUGAAAAAUGAUCCCACCCUUCCUAUCUUAGACUCCGACGAAGAGUUGGUCAACACAAGGUUCGAAGUAUCUAAAAUGCAGUGAAAUUUCAAAGAUACUGUUCAAAUGGUGUUCGUCGUCGAACGCAAGAGCGUAGUUAUAAACUGAACAUAUUAUUAACUUAUUUAAUUUUUAAUUGUAAUAUAGAUAUAGAUAAUUAAGUGCGAAUACCUGCUAUGUACUGAUUAAUCCUGGAUAUCGAACAGGACAAAAAAAUAAAGUUAUUAAAAAAAAAAGAUAACAGAUGCUGUUAGUUACACAGGCUGAAACACAACAUCCAUUGAGACUUAUGAAGAAAUUAAAACAAUACAAAAAUGAACAUGUAAAUUAACUACAAGUAGGUGGUUAUGCAAUGGUUUACCGUCUAAGGAUAACCAUCGACAAAAAAUAAACAACUGUGUG